AUGGCUUACGGCGGCGGUUUUACUCCUAGAUUUGAUAAUCAGUCGCCGAUAUAUUUUGAUUUAAAGCAUGACAUAUAUAUGAUUUUAGUUGAACGUGGAAAACAGUAUGGUCUUACUGAACAUCAAUUAUUACGUGAAUAUUCUCGAAAAUAUCAUCAGCGACAACUACCAUUUCGAGAAUUAGGUUAUCUUUCAUUAAUACAACUAUUAAAAACAAUGUGGGACACAGUGAAAAUUGAUUUUCUAUCAAGACCAUUUCAACUCUAUGCACGAAUGCCAAGAGUAACACAUCUUGUCUUUCAUCAACCAGAAAAUCUGAAGUUAUUUUUGUAUUGUACAUCACGUGACUCUAGUCGAAAUCGACCAAGAUCAUUGACGCCUAGAGGAGAUAAUUCUCCGAACAAAUAUUCGUCUACGAAAGUAAACGAUCAGCCACUUGUUCUUUCUCCGCCUCUGACACCAUCCGAAACCACUUAUUCGUCUCCAUCUGAGCUCGAAGAAAAACAGCAUUACCAACAAGUACCACAAGUAGCUUCAUCUUCAACACCGAGAACCAAAGAACAAUCAGUACCGUUACUAUCAUUACCACCUGAAGUUCAACUAACGACGACGUUAUCUAGUAAUACUUUUACGUGUGGAGAAGAUGAAGAACAAGAGCGAGUAUCGGCAUUAGCAGUGGAACGAUCAAACGAAAAAGACAAAGAAUCAUUGGAACCAGUAUUAGAAUUCGUGAAUCGUGUCGAAAAAGAACAAAAUAAACAAAAAACCUUACCGAUGUUAGAAACCCAAACGGAACAGUGUAUCGCAGAAACAGACGCUAUUCAUGAUUAUUCAUACAAUCAAGAUUCACUGUGUGAAGAAUAUGUCAGUACUGAGAAUGAGAGCAACUUGAAUAAUCAAGACAGAUCGUCGUCAAAAAAGUAUUCAUUUUUAUUUAUUGUUGUUAUUGGUGCCAUAUUGGCAAUAGGUGUAAAGAUUUAUUUUAGUCAAAAGAAAUAA